AUGCAAACACAAGGGCUGUAUCCUGAUCCAAGUAUCUUCAUUACCAUCAUUACUCGCUUAGGAGAACAGGGGAAGUGGGAUAUAAUAAAGAAAAACUUUGAGCAAAUGAAAGGUGGAGGUCAUGGACAAAGCGGGACCAUUUAUGCUGUUUUGGUUGAUAUUUAUGGGCAAUAUGGAAGCUUUGAGGAUGGAGAGGAUUGCAUAAAUACACUAAAGCUCGAAGAAGUUCCUCUCUCAGCUAGAAUAUUCUGUGUGCUUGCAAACGUCUAUGCCCAACGGGGUUUAUGUGAGCAAACAGUUAAAGUUCUCCAGUUGAUGACACCCUUCUUGGGACUUCUGGAUUUCUUCAACCCCUCAUCAGACAAGAGAUGGAUAACGAACGAUUCCUUUUUGGGUGGAAGGGACGAUAAGGAUAGGUAUUAAGAUGGUUAUAACAGCUAACUGACCUUCCAAAUUCAAACGAGAAGAAAGGAGGUUAAGUCUAUGCAUAAAAUUUCAUAGCCAACAAAUCGUUUGACUUUUGACUUACGCAUGUUUCUAUACAUACAUACAUACAUACAUGAUAAAUCAUAUAUAAGAUAAUAGGAUGAGCAAUAUCUGUAGAGAGAAUCACUAUGAUGAGUUAAGGUAGGUGGUGUUUUUUUUUUGUCUGCAAAAUGACAUUGAGUCGAGGGAAUUGGAUGAGUGUGAUGAACAUCUCGAUAAUUUACUACUUCAAGAUGGAACAGAUGAGAAACGUGAUGCAACAAAGGGUCCUAAGUUGCCUAUCACAAUUUGAAAGAGAUGGUGACGAUUUAUAGCAGCCUGACAAUGGGAAGAAAGAUUACAAGUUUGGGUUUAGGUUCAUUGUACAUUCCUAUAAUUAUAUAUUAAAAAUGAAUUUUAACUUUUUCUUUAUGGAUACGAGGUGGGUAGGAUGUAGGAUGCCUCGCAGCAAGAAAAAUGCAUUUCAGAUGCUUAAUUAUUUGUUGAUUUCUGUGGAUGAUGAUACUUCAUGGGCUUUAAUACUGGCUGCACUCUCUGAUCUGCUGACCUUCCCACUUCCUUUGUAUUUUCUUUAACUGAUCUUUG